AUGCCCCCUCGCAAAUCCACGUCCUCGGUGACACCCGCAGACCCGGACGAUCAAUCACUAUUAUCGCCGGUGGCACCUAGCACCAGCGACAAACCCAUUACCGCAACAGAGCAGCAGAUCAAGGCAAGGGCAGAGUUAGGCGUGAGCGUCGAGGAUUACCUCCUUCCACGCUCGUUGACUAUUCGUCUGGCGAAGGCUGUCCUGCCACCCAACACCACAAUUCAGAAGGACGCUGUCCUUGCCAUCCAGAAGGCGGCUACGGUCUUUGUUUCGUAUCUAUCAUCCCAUGCCAACGACGCAACUCUUAAACGGACACUCGCACCUGCCGACGUCUUCGCAGCGCUAUCGGAGCUCGAAUUCGACUCUUUCCGCUCUAGACUUGAGCAGGAACUCGAUGCGUACACGGAGAUCAAGGCUGGAAAGCGAAAGGCGAAGAAGUCCGAUGCCAACGGUGGUGCGGAUGUAGCUCCUGCUGCUGCUGCGGAUGAGGAUGUCGAGAUGGUUGAUAACCCUUCGAAGAGGGUGAAGAGGGAUGAUGAGGGUGGAGAGGUCCCUGGUGGUGAUGGGGAUGAGACGCAGGAUGAAGAGAUUGAGGAGGAAGAGGAGCAUGAGCCAGAGCAGGAGCAGGAGGGAGAGGAUGAAGAGGAAGACGAUGCCGAGGAGACGCAGGAUAGAGGUGAUGAGGAUAUUGAUCGGGUUGAGGACCUGGAUCAAUCUGCUAGGCCUAUGGAUCCGGAUGCUGAUGAGACGGACGAUGAUGAUGGACCUGCUAGUCAGCUGCGUGAUGAUUUGGGUCUUGGUUAA